CAGAAACGUAGAGCAGCUGAAAGGAGAAGGGAGGAGAAGAGACAAGAGAGAGAGUGGGAGCAGGAGAACCAGAGGAGGUUUGAGCGAGAGCAGCAGCUCCAGACUAGGCCCAGCAACACUACCAUAGAACUCUGUUACUACGGCGAGGCAUGGCGCCAUGGAAGCGCAGAGUCGCCAUGAGCCAAGCCAACACUCAGCUGGCCAGGGCUCAUCACAGGCAGUCUCUCCUGAAACGGUGCAUCCUGUCCUGGCAGCAAGUAACAGGCGAGUCCCUGGCUCAGAAAUGGGCCUCUGCCAAACAACUGCAUCAACAUAUCCUGCUACGGAGGAGCCUGGGCAACUGGAAAAGGCUGAAGGACCACCGCAUGGUUGUAGAGGGGCGGGCCGACCGGUUCUGGCGCAUGCACACUCUGAGGAGGGCUCUGAUCGCGUUACUAGAUCACGUGACCCAGGAGAGGAUGGUGGAGUGGGACCGGGAGCAGCAGGCUCAGGGACACAGUGAUAGGCGGGUGGUGCGGAGUUGUUUCCAGGCCUGGAGACGGUAUCCAGGGUGGCUGCGUGAGGAGAGAGAGAGGGAAACCAGGAGGGAGAAGCUGAGACGCAGAGUGGCAGAGGUCCUACCUGACUUUCGCUCCUCUCCUCUGAACUGUCAAUGGGUACAAGCCCUGCUGUGACUCACAGAACACACACAGGCAGACAGACGGAAUACUUCAAUACACGAUAAUCCAGCAGAUGGGAGCCAGUAAAUGUGUCUUGUUGCUGGUGUAACAAGCACACACACACAGGCUGUUUGUCAUCCUUAAUGACCAGAGAAAGCUGGAUAUAACUUUAAUGAAGACCGUUUGGAAAACUUUUGUAACACCAAUGACUCGUUUAAAACUGAAGCGUAUGUUCAGGUUAUUGAAUUUGUUUUAUUUUGGGUAUCAUUGAAGUCACAGUUUGAUGUAAUUUGACAGAAGCUUGAAGGCAUCAAUAAGGAUUUCUUUUAAAGUAUAUCACCAUAA